AUGACAGGGGCCCUGCUUGCUUCCUGCGGAGGGGUGCGCAGCAGGUUGAGUGGCUCUGGCUGAGGGAUGGCCUCUCUGGACCUGCCCUACCGCUGUCCACGCUGCGGGGAACACAAGCGUUUCCGGAGCCUCUCCUCGCUGCGGGCCCACCUGGAGUACAACCACACCUAUGAGACCCUCUACAUCCUCUCCAAGACCAACAGCAUCUGUGAUGCCACCGUCUUCCCCUUGGCGUCCGAUGCCACCCUGCUGACCCCGGCCGCCCGCCGGGACAUCUUCGAGAGCACCUCCUUCCAGGGCAAGGAGCAGCGCUUUGCCUGCGACCUCAUCUCGGCCGACGAGCUGGAGCCCGUCUCCUCCUCUGCGUCCCGCUACGUGCACGAGAUCGAGAUCCCGCUGACCGAGAUCUUCACCCGCAAGGCCAUGAGCUCGGCCACCACCCCUCCCGCUGCCGCCGCCGCUGCCGCUGCAGUGGACGCCGCCUAUGAGGAAGGCCUGACCCGCCUGAAGAUCCGGGCCUUCGAGAAGCUGGAGGUGGACAAGCGGCUGGAGAAGCUGACGGAAGAGGUGGAGCAGAAGAUCGCCUCGCAGGUGGGCCGGUUGCAGGUGGAGCUGGACCGGAAAAGCUCAGAGCUGGAGAAGGCCAAGCAGGAGAGUGUGAGGCUGAGCCGGGAGAAGCAGGAGCUGGAGGACCGGGCGACGGAGCUCUCCCGCCAGGUCGACGUCAGCGUGGAGAUGCUGGCUUCCCUCAAGCAGGACCUGGUGCAGAAGGAGCAGGAGCUGACCCGCAAACAACAGGAGGUCGUCCAGAUAGACCAGUUCCUCAAGGAGACGGCGGCCCGCGAGGCCAACGCCAAGGUGCGUCUGCAGCAGUUCAUCGAGGAGCUCCUGGACCGGGCCGACCGGGCGGAGAAGCAGCUCCAGAUUAUAAGCAGCAGUUGCAGCACCACCCCCAACGGCAGCCUGGGACGGUGCAGCGUGCCCGGCUCCAAGGGCGCCAGCAGACCGAGGGACAGGCACGCCGGCCCCGGGGCAGCUGCCCACAGCUCCUAUGUGGAGUCCAAUCAGAGAUCGUCCUCUAGCACUGGGGCCUCCAGCCGGGUGAAGGCCGUCUCCCAGAGCUCGGGCUGCUACGAGAGCGAUGGCGCCGAGCUGUACCAGCCGGAGGAGAACGCCGACGGGCACCCCUACCACGGCGGGCAGAGCCGGGGCGUGGACGGCGGCUUCGAGCGGCCUGCGGCGGCCCGCAGCUCGGGCCUCCGGAGGCAGGCCAUCCAGAACUGGCACCGCAGGCCGUACCGCAACAGCACCGAGGGGGAGGAGGGGGACGUCUCGGACGUGGGCUCCAGGACGACCGAGUCGGAGGCCGAGGUGUGGGAACAGGACCCCCGGAUCCCACCGGAGGCGAACCUGGCGAGGCCCCUCAACAGCUGCAGGCUGAUGGCCAGGUCUGAGGGGGGCGGCGGGAAGGCCAUCCGGCCCGAGAGAGGCAGCCCGUCCCGCUCCAACGAGGUGAUCAGCCCGGAGAUCCUCAAGAUGCGAGCUGCUCUCUUCUGCAUCUUCACCUACCUCGACACCAAGACCCUGCUGAAGGCUGCCGAGGUCUGCAAGGACUGGAAAUUCGUGGCGCGCCACCCUGCCGUGUGGACCCGGGUGCUGCUGGAGAACGCCAGGGUGUCAUCGAAGUUCCUGGGCAUGCUGUCGCAAUGGUGCACCCAGACGCACUCCCUCACACUGCAGAACCUCAAGCCACGGCUGAGAGGGAAGAAGGAGAGCAAGGAGGAGUACAUGAAAAGCACCCGGGGCUGCCUCGAAGCUGGGCUGGAGUCCUUGCUGAAGGCCACGGGCGGGAACUUGCUCAUCCUGCGGAUUUCACACUGCCCCAACAUCCUGACAGAUCGCUCCCUCUGGCUGGCCAGCUGCUACUGCCGGGCGCUUCAAGCCGUCACCUAUCGGAGCUGUACAGACCCUGUGGGCCAUGAAGUCAUCUGGGCAUUGGGAGCAGGCUGCAGGGACAUCAUCUCGCUACAGGUGGCGCCGCUGCACCCUUGCCAGCAACCAACACGUUUCAGCAACCGCUGCCUUCAGAUGAUCGGCCGAUGCUGGCCGCAUUUAAGAGCGCUGGGCGUCGGCGGCGCAGGCUGCGGAAUUCAGGGACUGGCUUCUUUAGCUCGGAAUUGCAUGCGGCUGCAAGUGCUGGAACUCGACCACGUGACGGAAAUUAACCAGGAGGUGGCGGCAGAGGUGUGUCGGGAGGGCCUGAAGGGCCUGGAGAUGCUGGUGCUGACCUCCACGCCUGUCACCCCCAAAGCCCUGCUGCACUUCAACAGUGUCUGCCGGAACCUCAAGUCCAUUGUGGUGCAGGUGGGCAUUGUGGACUACUUCAAGGAGCCAAACAGCCCCGAAGCCAGGAAGAUGUUUGAGGAGAUGGUGAACAAACUCCAGGCCCUGAGGAAAAGACCCGGCUUCUCAAAGAUUUUACACAUUAAGGUGGAAGGAGGCUGUUAGCCCUGCAGGGAUCAACGACACGUGUCCUCCUCCGUCCACCUGAGCAACAGAGACAGUGAAACCAAACCCACCGUCCGCCCUUUGUUUGAAACCCGGAGCCACAGAAGAGCCAGCCAACGCACACAACUCGUGUAGGCCUUAGUGACUGGAAGUGACCCGUUCCCUCACUGGGGCAGGGUAUGUAACAUAUCGCGGACGUGACGGUGCUACAAAGAUAGCUUCUCGGCCUGCCGGAGAGGGCCCGGCCACUCUCUUUCUGCCUGAGGAACUAGGCCGGACACCCUGUUGCCAAGGAGCUUUGCGUUGGGGACAUUUCUUUCUUUGAGCCCCGCUUUCGUUUAGCGGGAGCUGGGGAUCUCAGUGACUCGGCACGUGACCCAACCAAGCACAGCUUCCCCCUCCUUGCCACCUGAGUGGAUGAGGUAAAGCCAGGCCCCGAGCCGGCCAUACGUUGACGGUCUCGCCGUUGGGAUCGGUAAACAGCGCUGGGGAGGUCGGCGCUCCCUGCACAGCCGUUCUUGAUGUGUGGCUCGACUGAAUCCCAGCUCCCAUCCGAGCUCCAUUUUAGGGGGGCGGGGGCAGUGCCACCAGGUGAACCAAGGCCCAGCAUUACUGUAUAUUUUACACUCUUUUUUUAAUUUACCCAACGUGGGUAAGUGCCUCCCUCAAGCCAGCAACCGCAACAGCACAACCACCGCAGCCACAAAAUACAAAGCUCCUCCUUCUCGUGACCCUUGGGGCGCUUUGGGAAACUAGCUGGCGACACGGAGCUAACUCCUCCGCCUAGGACACCAAUCCAGCCUCGUCUCCUCUUCACCCAGUGAGGAAGCCAAAUUCCCUUCCUGCAAAGGCAAUAAACCAUCUCAUCAGGGGAAUCCUGUGGCAUCAGCUGUGCCGUCACAAGCACCACAAGCAUUCCCUGGCUCGUCCCCAGGGGAAGGCCUCCAUCUUCCACAAGGCAGCUCAUUCUGGGGUAAAUUGCCCGCAGUUGGCACAGAGAUGGACUAGUGCCUGGGAGAAGAGUCAACGUUGCUGUUCGGAAUACAGACAGACGUCUGGCAUGGCGCGUCUCUCCCCAACCAGCUUUAAGUGGCUGAAAUUCCGAUCUCCAAAGAUCUACAGUUCUGUAGGUAACAAAGCCCCCUGCCUUGAUCAGUGAUGGCAACCCAUGAUGUAGUCGUUACACAUGGGCACCAGUUUAUACCAAACUUGUUCUUUUUGCAAAAGUUGAUCUUAUUACCGGACAGGAGAACUCGCUCCUUCCAAAGGAAAUGGCUUCUUGAGGGUCUAUGUCUCUUUACCCUCCACCUCCAGAGAGAAGCAGCCAACAGGUUUCCAUGCUUCAGGGUGACGCCUGUAGGAGCGCUGCCAUCACCGGGGCGAUGCAACAGCUCUGAUCUUUAAAAAGCAACAACCCCCCCUCAACUGCAAUCAACGCUUGAGCAGUGAUCGAGAAGCCUGCUUCCUUGCCCCAGCGAGAGAGGGUGUGCUAGCCAGUGAUGAAAGCACUGUGCCGUGCCCCCGGUGCUCUUCUCCUGUCCUGCCUGCCAGAGGCAGAGAAACCUAGCUGAUCUGGGUGGUGGAGGUGGCACUCGUCGUCCACUCUGGGCUGCCAGUAUCAAGAAGCCAUCAGCCACACAGUGUGACUCGCCUGAAGUUGGGUCUCUUUCAGGAUGACGGGGGUGCGGUGGUGGUUCCAAACAUCAGAGGCACCUUCCUCCUCCAUCUGCCCUUCGUCAGGUGACCAAUAGGUGUGGCACCUUCUCUGGUUCCCCUUCAUAGGAACGAAGCGAUGGUCGGAGGCCUUCUGAACCAGCAGAACAAGCUGGCCCUCUUGCAGUGGGUGGGAUCCAGGACAGCGUCCUACACGCUGAUGUGUCAUGAGAGCGCCAAUCUCAGAAGUUCCCAAGUCUGAAGAAAAUUGUGUGGGGAGGGAGGAAUGUAGGAGUUAAUCCAAGACCAACCCAAACCACCUCGCCCGUGGUAACUCCGACACAAACGCCCUGCGCUUCAGGGGCAGGCUUUCAAAAUCCAGCUCUGAAUUUUGCAAAGAGGCUCUCCCUUCGUCACGGGCUGAACCGAACUCCCCGAUCGAAGCGCCCAUUAACUAAGGGUGUUUGAAAUCCAGAUCCCGUCGUUAGGGGGCUCAAGUCCACUGCUGGAUUUAAUUUGUCUCCUCUGAAAGCAGGGUGAGUUAGUUAGGGUUUGCUUUUGUAACACGCAACUCUAGAUCAGGGACACCCAAACUUCGCAAGCUGAUGGUAGCUUUCCAGGUAUAUGGGAGUUGCACAUAAUGUGCAUAAAAUGGAGCCAGAGAGGCGAUAAGAGGAGAUUACCAGUCCCAGCAUGCCGUGCACCAUCCUGCCCCUUAGCCGCAUCAAGUGGGAACCAUUGCAUGCUGGGAUUUGUAGUCACCUUGGACCUCUUGAAAAAUAACAAUUGACCCUAUUGUUGAAUUCUGUAGUUUUACUGCCCUCGCUGCAUGGGAAGGAAUAUGGGGAAAUGAGCGAGGACUUUUAAGCAAAUCCACAGACAGAGGGGGGGGAAAGGAUGCCACAACCAGCAAAAAGAGAGACGCUACAAUACAGGGGAAAGGAAAACAACACAGCCUCCGAAAAGCCACAUUUUGCUACCUUUUAACAUAAGUCAGACUAGUGGCCACAAGUCCUGUAAACUGAGAUGUCACCUUCUGACAUUGUGCAGAGACUAUGGAAUGAUCUUAAAAGAAGCAAAGUAAGUAUUUAUUUCUGUAAACGAAACAAAAAAGACUUUAAAGGAAAAUUAUAUACUCGGCAUGUUUAUACUCUAUGCUUAAAGACGAUCAUAUCUGAGAGUCACGUCUGAAGACUGAAGAUUCUUGCUGCUAGCACAAUUAUUUUUCUGCCUCCAAUACUAUUCAAGCUGUUUCCAAUAGCACAUGGGAAGCCUGCCCAUCUGACAUCGGGAGAGUUAGGUAUGUUCUGUGGCAAAUUUCUUUCCUGGGUUGGGUGGAGUGGGGGGAGGAGGGGAGCCGAAAAUUCUUUGAAAAUGUUAUUUACUGGUUUUGAAAAGCCAGACUUUUUUUAUAGUAUUUUCUGCUUGUGGAUCACGGUGCAGUGGCGUGUGGUUCAUCUGUGUGUGACACACAUCCCUUCCACCCCUCACUUGGCUUUUGUGAAUCAUGGCCGUGUAAUGUGGUUUGAAUUUGUUACUUCGCUGUGCCAUCUUCCCCCACCUAGAAAACGAACAGGUCAUGGGCUCGAGUCCUUCUUCGGACUUGUGCCUUCGUGUUCCGUGGCAAUCCUUUAAUAAAAAAACCACAUGUGUGCACGCACACACCCCAAAACGAGCCAAUCUUUUGGGCAUAGAAAAUGAAACGUAAGCCACACCGUUUAUAUAACUUCUGCUCAGCUCCAGUAAUGCCUGCAGUGCUUUGAAGUCGAAAAGCAUUUUAGCCAGUAGCUAAGGAACAUUACUGAUCAUGGGCUGAGUUGCAUGGUACAAAUACUUCAAAGAGAGACCACUUUUUUUUCCUAACGGUUUGUGUAGUUAGCCUGAGGGACUCCCUGCUGCAGAGGCAGAGAAU